CCCUAAAUCCUAAAAUUCGAACUCCAAUUUUACCGCAUUCCACCAUUCUUCGCACUGAAGGUUACGAGCAAGGAGCUUCGCUCUCCAUCGAUCCAAAUUUGAACACAAAGAUCGGAUGAAUUAGCCCCGUUAGAUCACAUGUUUUCGUUGCGAGGAGGAUGAGGAGUUGGCGAGUAUGACUAGACUAUAGCAUCUAUUCAGCGAAUCAGCGGCACUAACUUAGUGCCGCUUUCAUUUAAGUGGCUGUGUUGGCAUUUGCAAGAGGAAGAAGAAUUUGAUGGUUUGGACUACACAAGCCGAGCUCCAGCCUCUUUUCCGGUCGUCUUGAUUAAAGUUUAUAACAGCCCUAGCAACGGAUGCCGGGCAUUCCUCUUGUGGCUCGUGAAACUGCGUUAGUGUUUAUUCCGAUGUGUGCAUUGAGUGGCUGAUUCUGAAUUGUUUUUGCAACUGCAGUUACUCCGGAGGUGUGGACCAUAUGUGUCGACAAGAUCCCCGUGCGCAUUUGUCUCCAGAAGAGCAAAUUGCAGCUGAGGAAAGCCUCUCAAUUUAUUGCAAGCCAGUUGAGCUGUACAACAUUCUUCAGCGCCGUGCUGCCAGAAACCCAUCCUUUCUUCAGAGAUGUUUACGGUACAAAAUACAAGCAAAAGAAAAGAAAAGGAUUGAAAUGACAAUAUCACUACCAUCAACUGUAAAUGAUGAAUCUCAAAUUCAAAAUCUAUUACCUUUGUGUAUAAUGUUGGCUAGACCCGUUUAUAGUCCUGCACUUGUAGAGGAUUCUGCAGUUUACCGAUUUAGUCGAGAAUGUAUAUUGACUAAAUGUACUGGAGAUGAUGCAGUGUACCAGGAUGAAGCAAAAUUUAUUCUUCCCGAGAUUAAUAAACUAUCAGCAGAAGUCAAAUCGGGCUCUAAUACAAUUUUGUUUGUUAGUUGUGCUGAAUUGUUUAAGGAGCACCUGGAUGCGCCAUUAUUUCCAGCUAAUGUUGGAGGUCACUGCUUCAUGGGUAAGAUUCCAAUGGAUUUGCUUCAGUUGUCGUGGGAAAAGUCUAUGAACUUGAGCAGUGGGGAGAGAGCUGAGAUGCUGUUGACUGUUGACUUGCAUUCCUGCGUCCUGAAGACUGGCUGUUUCGGAGAAGAUAAAUGCUUCUCAUUUCAUAGUACCCAUGCUGGAGCUAUGGCUUUGUCUCAACAACUGCAAGUCCGUGUUGCAGCAGAAGAAGUUGGGCUUAAAGAGAGAUCUCCUUAUGAUUCAUUCUCAUACAAUGAUGUUCCUUCCUCUACUUUGCCUCAGAUUAUCAGGUUGAGGACUGGAAAUGUUGUUUUCAACUACAGAUACUAUAACAACAAGUUGCAGAGGACUGAAGUAACAGAGGACUUUGCAUACCCUUUAUGUUUGGUCAAAUGUGCAAGCUUUAAGGGUCUCAAAUAUCAUCUGCCCGCCUGCCAUGACCUUUUCAACUUCGAAUUUUGGGUAACAGAGGAAUUUCAAACUGUCAAUAUAUCUGUAAAGACUGAUACAUGGAGAUCUGAGACUGUUGCAGCUGGUGUUGAUCCUAAGGAACAAACGUUUUUCCUUCGUUCAAAGGCACCACGGCAUAGAAAAAUGAAGAGCCCGAGGCAAAAUCUGAAGUUUGUGCAUCCUCUUGUCUUAGAUUCAGAAAUGCCAGGAUCAGUUAUUGAGCUUAGAGAAAAAACUGUUGAACAGAGUGCUGACUGCAACGCAUCCAGUCCCAGAGCUUCAUCUGCCACUGCUCAUUCAUAUGCGGACCCUGAAUGUGUCCAGUCAUUACCUGGAAAUAACAUUGCGCCUCCAGCAUUACUACAGUUUGCGAAGACAAGGAAAUUAUCAGUUGAACUCUCUGAUCCUAGAAAUCGUGCACUUUUGCAGAAGCGGAAGUUCUUUCACUCUCACAGAGCCCAACCCAUGGCCAUGGCGCAAGUCCUAUCAGAUCGCGACAGUGAGGAUGAAGUUGAUGAUGAUGUUGUAGAUCUUGAAGACCGAAGGAUGCUGGAUGACUUUAUGGAUGUCACAAAAGAUGAGAAGCGGUUGAUGCAUCUUUGGAACUCUUUUGUUAGGAAGCAAAGGGUAUUGGCGGAUGGUCAUAUUUCUUGGGCGUGCGAGGCUUUCUCCGAAUUGCACAAACAGGACCUUGUUCUGAUACCAGCACUACUUUGGUGCUGGAGAUUAUUUAUGAUUAAACUCUGGAAUCAUGGUCUUCUGGAUGCUCGUACAAUGAACAUUUGUAAUAUAAUCCUCGAGCAACCACAAGGGGUAGACGCAGACACCGACGACAUAGACACAUGAUAUACAAGUGAUUCUGAGUGUGUUAUCUCUCCCCCCUGGCAUAAGUAACUGAGUUUUGAUGUGUGUGGCUGCGGCGACUCACCAUUACUUAAACUAAGUGCCUUAUAUUUCGACUGGAAAAGAUAAUCAAUUUUCAUUUUUAACCAUCUCCUUUUCCCUUAUUUGGUAGUUUUGCGCCGGACCAAUUGUUCAAUGACAACUCUAGUUCUAAUUUUAUAGUUAUUUAUAUUUAAA